AUAAUCUUUUAGCUUCUUCAAAGUUGGCGGUGAGACAAUUAAGGCAAGCCCAAUCUCUCAAGCGAAAUCCACCGCCGGAAGCCUUCCAGGUUGCGAUCCAAUUUUGUUCAAAGUAAAAGCACGCCACUACGAAAAUAGGAAAUUUCUCCGAUAUUAUCAAGAAAUGGCCAAGAUUAUGUGUAUCCUUUAGUGUUUGCAGAACUACAAGUUGUUAGCCACUUACAUUCAAAGCGUUGGCAGCAAAAAGGGAAACGAAACCGUAUAUCUUAUGUAAAAUGAACACAACAGAUUUUCUUUUAUUUUGAAAAAUCAACGCACUUGCGGAAGUGGCCGUGAAGUUUUUCCCUGUAUUACGCUCGCGCGAAGGGACCUUGGUUCUGUGUCCGCUUCGGAGCGGAGUGGUCACUAUGGUGUGGACAGUGGUGCUGGUGCUCGCGCUGGCAGCCUCGUGCCGGGCUCAGCGUCCGCCCCCCACGGUGAACAUCAGCCUGGACGAGGACCCGGCAACGAGAUGGAAGCCUCUUCUCCAAGUCUUUGACGUCGACUACUUAAAUAAAGCUGCGGCAGAAGUCAUUGACUCUACAGUUCCAAAAUGGGUUCAUCACGCAGUCAAACCAAUCGUCAGUGCCCUGGAAAAGUACAUCCCACAGCCGUACGCGGAGGAGAUCCGCGGCAUGGCCUCUUUCAUGGGAGGAAACCUGUCCGACAUUGUCAUUCUCAACUUUGCCUAUGAAGUGACUGCGUACGGAAACAUUCAAAACCGACAUUUGGGCCCACAAAGUAUGUCGUGCGUGCCGUUUUCAUGGCAGUUUUAUUUCAUCCGCAGAUUUUGCACGAGCAUUGUAGCUCAGGACAACAACGGGAACGUGUACCACGGCCGGAAUCUGGACUAUCCGCAUGAUGUUUUGAAGAAUCUGACGGUUGACAUUGUUUUCUUCAAAAAUGGAAAGGCGGCGUAUCGUGGAACUUCAUUUGCUGGCUACGUGGGUAUCUGGACGGGGCAGAGUCCGGGAAAGUUCACAGUCUCUGGCGACCAGCGAGGAACGGAGCACUGGUGGAACUGGUGGAAGAACGUGGUGUCCGCCGCUCUGUUACACAGGUCUCCGGUCAGCUGGCUGGUGCGGGAGACGCUGGAGGAAGCGGAGGACUUUCAGGAUGCUGUGAUGCGCCUGUCGAAAACCCCUCUCAUCACGGGGGUGUAUUACAUCGUGGGCGGGGUGCGAGCAGGAGAAGGGGUCAUCAUCACCAGAGAUCGAACCGGCCCCGUGGACAUCUGGCCACUGGAUCCCCUUAAUGGGGGGUGGUUCAGAGUGGAGACAAACUACGACCACUGGCUUCCUCCUAGACGGGGAGAUCACCGAAGGGAGGCCGCUAUCAAGGCGCUAAACGCCACUGGUCAAGAACACAUCAAUAUGGACACGCUUUAUCAGGCAAGUGCGAACACGAGCGUUUUGUCCCUCCCUCCAGUGUGUAACGGAAUUACCAUUUAUACAACGCUGAUGAGUGCGGCAUCCCCUGAAAAAUACACAACGGUUGUCAGAUCGCAGGAGUGUGUCGUCUCCAAAUGAGGGCAGGCUGCCGCUGGCGGGAUCCUGUGCAAUUAGAAAACUGAUGAGAUUGCAAUAAUUAUUUUUAUGGUCGCAAUGCCUCGUAUAGAGGAACUUGGAAAAGGCGCAUUAAGGGGAGAAUACAGCCAUAAUCCAGUAGCUUCUCCUCUGUGGUGUAGUUUGAGCAGAGAAAAAGAGCCUGUAAAAAUAAACUGCUAACAGCAAAAAUUAAGCGCUGUUCCUCUUUGUGAGUGUCAGCUGCUUAAGUCCAUAACGCAACAGGAACCUCUUUUGCUUUUCAUAAAACUUGCCUUAUCUGAUGAAAAAAGAUGGUAUUUUCCGAUAUGAGAGCAGAGAGGAAGACGAUGAAUUUUUCUCCAGUGGUGCCAAAACUUAACUACCUUCUGCAACGUUUUGAAUGAUUUAGGUUGGGAAAUGAAAAUCAGUUGGCAGAUGCUGAGAAGUGAGAGCGUGGAUGUAAAAACAUGCAGAUUUUGUGGUGGUAUGGAAAAUGGAGUUUAAGUAGCACUUGUGAAUGAAACUGUACUGUCUUGUAAUGCCUUACCACUGAGCCUACGUUGUUCCCUUGACCAUGUGGUUCAUCUUUGUUGAUUAUCAAGAAUGCUGUUUUCAUACAAAAAACAUGAUUAAAAUAAUUUGUUAAAAUUUUUAAA